AGGGCUGGGACUUUAGUGCGUUAAUUUCGAUUAAUUAACUACGCAAAUACCCACGCGUUAAAAAAAAUAACGCAUAUUAACGGUACACUAUAAUAUAGAUACGUAAGUCUGAAUUAGAGCAGUGGAGAGUGGCAUUACAUCUGAUGGUGUUGUACACAGCCUGCUGGAAACUCAGAAGUCAUUAGGGAUUUCACCUGUGGGGGCAGCACUAAUGCCUGGCGGAAUCAGCCGGAGGAAAACAGAAGAAGAACCACAGUAAACAUUAGCGACAUGGGUGAAGAAGCUGAUGAGAGCGCUUUAGUUGGCCCCGUGCAGGGGAAGUUUUGUUUUAAAACAAAGACGGAUGGGAGUGUCGACAAGAGCGUGGUUGUGUGCAGAUUAUGCAACAAAGAAUUCGCGUAUCACCGCAGCAUAUCAAGCCUCAAAUAUCACCUCAAUGCAAAACAUGUAGCAGCUAGCGCGGAAGCUAACGGGGGCCCAACGCCGAGUAAAAAGACCCACAGCCAACCCACACUCCACCAGCUGACUGGUUUCAAGAGCAGGGUAAGCAAGACCACAACGGAGAAAAUGACUAACGCGCUGGCUUACUGGGCUGCUCUCGACUGCAGACCCAUUGCAGUGGUAGAAGAUAAGGGGCUGGAAAGGGUACUUCAGAUUGCGUUGUCUGACACUACGUAUGAGCUGCCAUGCAGAAAAACGGUGAUAAAGAGGGUCCAGCAGCUCUACGACAGUGAAAAGGGAGAGAAGGGGAAUUUGUUGGAGAAGGCAGAAUGUGUUGCCAUAACUGGGGAUCACUGGACCUCGAUCAGCAAUGCAAAUUACCUCGGUGUGACGGCACACUUUAUUGACAACAAGUGGCGUCUUCACUCGUUUGCCUUAACCAUCAAGAAGAUCACAACAAGGCACUUUGCGGAAAACGUCGCAGAAGAUUUUGAGUCUGUGACAGAGGACUGGGAAAUCACACAGAAAGUCACCACAAUUGGAACAGACAGUGCCCGUGCCAUGACUGCUGCAAUGAGACAGCUCACAUUCCAGCACAUGCCGUGCGUUGCUCACCUGUUACAGAGGACAAUCACCGUUUGCCUUACUGACAGCGGGUUCACAGCCACACUGGCGAGAUGUCGCAAGAUAGUUGGGCAUUUUAAACACAGCCCCUCAAACACAGAGGAACUGCACAAGGAGCAAACACAACUAGGACAAGACAAAGAGCCCCUGAUACAGGACGUUUCCACAAGGUGGAAUUCCACCCUGUUGAUGGUCUCUCGUCUACUGAAGAACCAAGAUGCUGUGAAGGCUACGCUCGCCAAACAGAAGCACAAGCUCACCAUGUUGACUACAGCAGAGUGGGACAGACUCAAGAGGCUCGAGACCCUUCUUACACCAUGCAGAUAUGUGACUGAGCUCCUUGGGGGUGAGAAUUAUGUGUCAUGCUCAGUUGUGUUACCUGCUCUCCGCCACCUGACCCACACCAUGGCGGCCUCAGAUGACGACCCAGCCUAUGUGGUGAAGUUCAAGGCUGCGUUUGAAAAGGACCUGUCUCAACGCGAGGAUGCCCUCAACCAUGGAUGGCUCAGAGUGGCUACAGCACUCGACCCUCGUUUUAAGGACCUAAAGUGUUUACCAAGAGGAGAGCGAGGAGAGGUGUGGACCAGCAUUGAGGCACUGGUGCAAAAAGAACCAGGCAGAGCCACUCCAGAACACUCAGGGGAGCCAGCAAGGAAGAGAAGCCUCCUGCUGUUUAAUUCAGACUCUGAAUCAGAGGAUGAAGAUUGGCCUAAAGGAGCUCUGGCCCGCUACAGGGCAGAGCCUACCAUUGGUGAGAGAGACUGCCCACUGCAGUGGUGGUCCACUCAUGAUAGAGCCCAUCCACAGCUUUCUGCCCUGGCCCGUAAAUAUCUGGGCAGCCCUGCCACUUCUGUCCCUUGCGAGAGACUCUUCUCCCUGGCAGGUAAUAUAGUUCAAAAGAAGAGGGCAGCAUUGAGCUCUGAAAAUGUCAACAGGCUAGUUUGUCUCAGCAACUGGCUGAAAGAGAAGGAGAAGUAGUCAGUUAGAGGUAGGCUAUCCUGAGGCCAGUUCACUUGUUACUGAAAUGUUGCUGAAACAGUGGUCUGUUAGCGGUACCCUGAGGCCAGUUGGCUUGUUGUUACUGAAAUGUUGAUAAAACACAGUGGCCUGUGCAAGAGAGAUUUUAUUUUUCAUCAGGAUGUGGGAAGAAGUUAGAUUUAGGUUAAUCACUGGCACUUUUUUUUUUAAAUGGAAUGCUUUAUGUUGAACUAUGUAUUAUGUUGUUGGAGCAACUGACACUUUAUCUUGAACUUUUUGUUUUGGCCAAGGUUAUUGAGAGUUGGACUGAUUGAUUCUCUCUUUAUUUUUUUUUGUAAUCAUUUCAACUGUUGAUAAAUCCACAAAGUCUGUAAUAGCCUCUGAAGCAACAGAGAUGUUUUCUAAAAGUCAGGGGUUACAUUGUUCUGAAUGUACUUGAAAGUAUUGUAUUUAACAAAAAAGGUCUACCUGUGCCUAUAAAGCUACCUGAAUUUCUGAAAUUUACUUUCCUAAAUAUGCUGAACUUUAUGGCAAAAUUUGCACUGGCCUGUUGAUCUUGGUUUUGAAAUAA